UUCUAUUGAGCUCUAAUCGUGUGGUUCUGUAAUUACCUUACCAUUGUUGUUGUUGUCGGGCUUUAAGCUCCAAGCGAUCGCCGCGAAUGUACAUAUUGCACUUGUUAAAAACCCGAAGAUAGAAAAAAAAGUUGUGACUAUGCGCCAAAUACGAAAAACUUUGUAUAAGAAUCCAUGAUUUAUGUGUGCUGCAGGCACCAAUACUCUCGGCCUUUGCCACAAGCACCCGCUCAACAAUAAGGAGUUAAAUAGUAGAACAACAACGUCAUAAACACGGUCAAAAAUACGGCCAACACGAUUUUAGGGGGCGUCGUGUAAGGCGCUUAGGAGCAAUUCAAAAUUCACAGUUUAUUUAUAUACAAUGUUGCUGGUGCGACAGCUGUUUGGCACAUCGGCUUAUUCAUGGGUGCGUGCGCUAAUUAUCUUUGUAUUUGCCUGGAUGGUGCUACUCUUUGUGUUUGUACUCAAGCUGACAAUCACCCAAGGCAGUCAAGGACCCCUAUCACUAACCACAGGUGAGAGCGAGAUCAAUACGCGGCGCAUCAACCAAGCGCUGCAGUUGCUGGAGCACACCAGGCAGCGUAACGAGGAGCUCAAGCUGCUCAUUGAUGAGUUGAUGAGCGAGCAGUUAGACAAGCAGAGCGCACAGAAGCUAAUUCAACGACUGGAGAGCGAUGCGCAAAAUACAAAUAGAUUAAUGGCUGGCGGUGAUGCGCUGGUCGAUCCGGCGCUUUUCGAUGUAGCGCAGGCGGAUGGCGAAGCAGCAACUGUCGGCUCUGAGCCAAAGCAGGAGUUAGGCGGGCAAGCGGGCGUGGAGCCUAGUCUUGAAUAUGAGUUGACGCGCCGGCGUGUGCAAACAAACAUAGCUGAGAUUUGGAAUUACUUUAGCAGUGAGCUGGGCAAAAUAGGUCGACUGGUGGCUACUGGCUCAAAUGGAAGCGGGAAGGAGCUGGAGCAGUCUAUACAGCAGGUGCUGUUACAGGGUGCAGAGCACAAGCGUUCGCUGCUAAGCGACAUGGAGCAGCUGCGUCGCGUCGAUGGCUACGAAGCAUGGCGUGAAAAGGAGUCAAACGAGCUGAGCGACUUGGUGCAGCGGCGCCUGCAUCAUUUGCAAAAUCCCACAGACUGCCAAACGGCACGUAAGCUUGUCUGCAAGCUAAACAAGGGCUGUGGCUAUGGCUGCCAACUGCAUCAUGUGGUCUAUUGUUUUAUUGUGGCCUAUGCCACGGAGCGCACUCUGAUUCUCAAGUCGCGUGGCUGGCGCUAUCACAAGGGUGGCUGGGAGGAAGUGUUUCGUCCGGUGUCGAAUAGCUGCCAUGAUGCGGGCACAGCCAAUGCCUACAACUGGCCGGGCAAGUCUAAUACCCAGGUGCUGGUGCUGCCCAUCAUUGACUCGCUAAUGCCGCGUCCGCCAUAUUUGCCGCUGGCUGUGCCAGAGGAUUUGGCACCUCGACUAAAGCGACUGCAUGGCGAUCCCAUUGUCUGGUGGGUGGGACAGUUUCUUAAAUAUCUGCUCCGUCCACAAACUGCAACGCGAGACUUUCUGAACGCCGGCAUGCGUAAUCUAGGCUGGGAGCGACCCAUUGUAGGAGUGCAUGUGCGUCGAACAGACAAGGUCGGCACCGAGGCAGCCUUCCAUGGCAUUGAGGAGUAUAUGACGCAUGUGGAGGACUAUUAUCGCACGCUGGAGAUUAAUGGAACUACUGUGGUUCGCCGCAUCUUUCUCGCCUCGGACGAUGCGCAUGUCAUUGAGGAGGCGCGACGAAAGUAUCCACAGUAUACCAUCAUUGGUGAUCCGGAGGUGGCACGCAUGGCGGCGGUAUCCACACGGUACACGGGCACUGCAUUAAAUGGCAUCAUUUUGGACAUUCAUCUGCUGUCCAUGUCGGACUAUGUGGUGUGCACAUUCUCCUCGCAGGUGUGCCGUGUGGCGUAUGAGAUAAUGCAGACCAUGUAUCCGGAUGCAGCGCAUCGCUUUAAAUCGCUGGACGACAUUUAUUACUAUGGUGGACAGAAUCCGCACAAUCGUCGCGCUGUCAUUGCGCACAAGCCUCGCUCCCACGAGGAUCUUCAGCUAAAGGUGGGCGAUCUGGUCUCGGUUGCUGGCAACCACUGGGAUGGCAACUCCAAGGGCAAGAAUACGCGUACUAAUCAGGGCGGGCUCUUCCCCUCGUUCAAGGUGGUGGACAAGGUGGAAACAGCCAAGCUGCCCCUCUACGCUGGCAUCUGAGCUCCGUCCACUGUCCCGUGCACAGUUCGUUGAAUCUCUCUAUACUAUCUCUCUUUCUAGCAUCAGUUGAGCUUGCUCUGUUUACAUUCCGUGUUAACAUCAGCAGCAGCAGCAAUUGAGAACAAAACUAAACAAACACACAAAAAUAGUUAGCAACAAUUUCGAAUCUCAAUUCUCGACAAAUUUGAAGUCUCUUGUAGCCAAUACCUUAGGUUUAGUCAAACCUACAUCGUUGGAUAACUCAUAUUUUCUCACACGAUUUCCAAAGCAUUGUGGCACACACUUUUCUCAAAAUUAUUGUCCCAGUUUUGCAUAUGCAAAUUGUUUUACAUACAUAUAUACUACAUAUAUUUAUAUAUAUGUAGUACAUUCAUACAUAAAACAAAUUUAAAUGGUAAGCAUAAAGUUGUGCCGAUCCGUUGGGAAUCGGAUUCAGAAUUAUUUUAGAAAACGUACCUCUAAUUCUUCGCAUUCUUUGUAAGACGAUUAAAACUUAAUGAUAAAUGUUGACAAGAAUAUGCAAGUACAUAUAGAAAUACUUAUACACAAUUUAUGUACAUAUAUGUACAAAGGCAUAUACAUAUGUGUAUAUGUAUAUGCCUGCGAUAUACAUAUAUACUAAACACAUAUACUAUAUACAUACAUAUUUGUGCAUUGCUCAAGCAUAUGCAUGUUGUAGGAUACAAAUACGCGCAAUAUAAUUUAUCCCUUGUAACAUAGGCAAAAACUCACACAAAUAGAAAACACAAUAUACAAAUAACGAGUAAAUAAAUAGAUAUGUUUUAAUUGUAAACCAAACGUAAAACUCAAUUUUUAUACUAUAAGCAUAAAUAUUAUCGGGCUUUAAAGCAAGGCAGCCAGGCCUGAUUGCAAUUUGCUUUUGUAUUUUCAAUAAUCCAUAAGCAUUUUAAAUAUAGAUAAGUGCAGCGAACGCAGGACUUCAUUAUAAACGAUACCUGGCUACUCAGUCGGAUCUACACACAUCCUGAAGAGUUACUCAUCCUGAGGGCUACAACAUCAUCAGCAUCUGCGGCAAUAACAAUAACAAUUGCUGCUAGUCCUGUUGAAGGCAUGCUGACUC